AUGCGUCUUGUGUUCUGCGUGGUGGUGCUCGCCGCAUUAAGGGUCGCCGCUGACGGAGGAGAUGAUACGCUUCUCGCGUUGCCGCCGAAUGGCACCACCGGCCGGAGCUUGCUCCAGGUCAAGAAAAAUUGCCCGGUGAACUUGGAGACGGCCAACUACACGGAAGUGACGAGCCGGUGCAAGGGGCCUGUGUACAAGGAGUCCCUGUGCUGCGCGGCGUUUAGAGAUUUCGCGUGCCCCUAUGGCGUCUACAUCAACGACAUGACCACCAACUGCGCCGCCACCAUGCUCAGCUAUCUCCGGCUCUACGGCAGCUACCCACCAGGCCUCUUCGCCAACACCUGCAAACAGGACCUCAAAAACGGGAUCUGGUGCGUGGAGGAGGAAAUCAGCUAUACCGCCGACAGCGCAGCUCGAGUGCCGCCCCACGCCAACACCGCAUUCACCUUUUGCGUCUACGCCCUAAUUGCUAUCCUAGUCUUUUAG